GACAGGAGUUUCCUCCUCACCCUCCACCCCUGCCAGCCACAUAGUCCUCGGAGACCCAGCCCUACCACUGUCACACAUUUCAGUGAUGUCACACUGGGGCUCCCUAGGAGCCCCAGCACAAUCAGGCUGACGCCCAGACUGAGCAGUGGCUGAGCUGAGAGGCAGGGAGCAGGCAGUGCCUGGUACCAGGCUUGUUCCAUCUGUCUCUGAGGCCUCACAGCUCCAGUAUGAGUCCAUCAGCAAAGAAGAGGCCCAAGAAUAGAGCGGUUUCCAAGGUUGGAUUUGGGACUAGACCCAGUGGGGGUCUCAACAAAAGAGUCCAACCAUGCCUAGGAUGGGGGCCUUCCAGCCUGGGGGGAAGAGGGAGAGGUGAAGGGUGAAGGGAGGUCAGGAGAGUUAGAAUGGGCUCCUUGUUUCCACCCCCAAACCAAGGUGACAAAACUCCCAGUCUACGGUUGGUCACACCAAGCCCAGCCCAAUGGAGAGGCAUUAUGGAGGCGUUCGGGGGGUUCCUACUGUGUUAGCAUUCUCUCUCUCUCCCUCUCUCUCUCCGUCUCUCUCUCUCUCUCACUCUCUCUCUCUCUCUCUUUCUGUCAGAUGCAAGAUGAGGAACCACAGGACAAGAUACAGCAGCCUGUCAGCAAAGUAAUUGAGAGGAAACGACUUAAAGGGGUGCUGAAAAACUUGUCGCUCUUGAAGCUGCUCAAGAGCUUGAACCCUCGGACCCAGGAACUGCAUAACCUGGCCAAAAGGUGCUGGAAUUCACUGCUCAGAGUUCCGAAGAUCCUCGAGGUCUCCUCUGGGCACGAAGACGUCUCGGAUACAGUAGGACAAAAUCACAACGCUCUUCAGGAGGCUGGGUGUUCCAACAAGAAACUGGACUCCAAGAAAUCAGAGCCCCUGAGGGAGUCGGAGCAGUUAAGGCUCAAGGCGGCACGGCGGGCGAGGCGCCCGGCACGGCGGGCGAGGCGCAUGGCACGGCGGGCGAGGCGCGUGGCACAGCAAGCAGUGCCGUGCAGGGAGGAGCGUCUGGAGCCUCUGGAGCCUGUGGUCCCCAUGACAUCAAAGGGUCAUGGCCUGCCCACUGGCCCUGGAGCCCAGGAGAGGCAAUCACCUGCUGGGAACGCCGGGGUCGUCUUCCUGAAGACCCACCAGUACAGAACUCCCAUGGAGGGCAUGAAGCAGCUGGAUGUAGCUGACCGGUGUAUCUGGUUUGAGGGGCUGCCCACACGAGUCCACCUCCCAGGGCCCCGGGUGAUGUGCAGAUCAUCCGCCCUGCGCCGGGUCAAGCGCUGCUGUACCCGCCUCUGCUCCGCAUCACUUGAGCUGCCAAUGGUCCAUCCAUACAAGGUGUGACAAUGCCACUGCCAGGCUAGGGUGAGACAGCCCCAAGCCAGGCCCUGAGCUGGGCCCAGAGUCAGAGGGCUUAGGAUCCAGAAUCUUGGGGUUUGUGGCUGGCAGUGCUGGGAGGCCCUACCUUCAUGCCCAGAGAGGGAAACCCAGAGAGGCGGAAGCCAUUGACCAAGUCCACACAGCAGGGCAGUGGCCAGGCUGGGUCCUCUCAGGACCCAAGUAGGGGCUCCGGGGAAGGAGGGCACUGGAAGUGUGGUU